UGCUCCAACUAAUUGAACAAAUAUAGAGAUGAGGAACUGAGCAUCUUAUUCACAGGCCACAACAAAAACCUUAUCAAAUCAUUCUCAUAUUGCAAUACUUGAAAUAUAGUAAAAUGAAACAAAAUAAAAUUGGAAAUAGAGGGUUAAUUACACAAACUACAAAAUCUAGAAUUAACCCAAAAAACCCAGGAAAUAAAUGACAAUGCCCAAAGUUGCAGCCUGAAAACAUCUACAGAGUUGCUUCCUUAAAAAAUCUCCGGAGUUGCUCAAAGUUCUUAACCACAACUAAGAGAAAACCUAACCCUGGGAUCACCUAGAACUGCAAACACCAGCAGAACCAGGCAGCAGAACAACCAGGCAACAACACAAAUAACUGCACAGCAGUAGACUAGGAAGCACAAAACUACUCAGCAGCAGACCCAAACCAUGCAGCAAGCAGCAAGGGAACCCUGCACACACAACCAGAACACCCUGCACACACAACCAGAACACCCUGCACACACAAACUGUACAGCAGCAGCAAUCUGCAGUUUGUGCAGGCCAUUUGGGUCGUGAAACAAUCUUAUGAGUUUUCUAGAGAUUAUUAUUGCAUGUAUCUUUUCAAUGCAUAUGCUCCUUAUUUAUAUACGGCUUUAAACUUUCAUGGUUUUGGUUAGAUGGAACACAAGUUUUCCAUAUGCUCUCGUACAUGUCAUGUCUGACAAUAAUUGCAUUCAAUUGAUGAUUAGGCAGUUUAAGCUAUUCUGUAUAGACUGCAAAUGCGGUGGUUAUAUUUCUGAUGGAUUGGAUUCUGUAGCCACAUGACAGUAAAAUAUGAUAAAACUAAUUAAGGCUUUCAUGGCAGUCAACAAUUUUCUACUUGUCUAGUUGUCUUUCUAAUGCUGAUUAAGGUUGUAUGUGAAUGAACAGGGAUAUAGAGAGCUGCACCGGUUCAAAUUCUGGGAGCUAUUUUGGGUGAUCAAGCACAAGUAGUAAGUCAGAGGAUAAUAGCCCUGGACAACUUAGUGGGAUUGACAACAUUGGCCAAGAUGCUUUUCAGGGGCUUCAAUUUGGUGGGAUGUAUUCAUAUCUUCCAUACGGCCUCAAUAUGCCCAGCAGUGGUAACACUAAUCUUCAGGCUAUGUUAGGUUUUGACCAACGACAAAACACUCUUGCUUAUGAUCCUGCUAGAAACUAUCAGCCAACCUUGCAGUGUCAUGAUGUUAGCAAUCAUUUUCCAAUUGAUACUCCAGCUGAUUUUACACUCGGUGAUUUUUCCAACUACCAGAAAUCAAGUGUAGCAGCUCCUGCAAUGCCGUCUAUUUACAAGAGAAUGGCCGGAGAUUCCAGUCACCUAUUAUUCGACAAUAAUCAUAACCAUUAUACUUGAGUAGUUGACAUUCUUUCUUGUUCUAUUACUUAUUUACUUACUAUAUAUACACUAUACAUAUAACGAAUUCUAUUAUAUGGGUUGCUUGUACACCCCCAACAUGAACGAAUGUUGCUAAGGUGAUCUGCACACCUCAAGCACUUCUAUUUAGAUAUAAUAUCUACACCAUAAUUAAAUUAUAGGCAUGAAUAUGAAUGUGAAUGACCAGCCAACUUUGUAUUUUUAUUCUUUCAGACUGAUGUAAAGCUAUACAUACAGUAGCUAUAGGCAGGUUCUAAAGCCUCAGUUGUCUGA